AUGAAUGAAUACAUCAUGCGUUGCUACUACAAUAUUACUAAAAAUGAAACAGAUAUAGGAGCGUACCGACUAUUGUUACACCUGGCAUUUCUACAGAAGUACUCCGAGUGGCAAGUUACUGAACAGCGGAUAGCUCAAAUUAGGCAAGAUGUAGCAAGAGAUGUACCUUCUCAUCAAAUAGAAGUCGCGAUCUCGCAAAUAGAACAAGAGGUAAACCAAGAAGACCCAGGACCUUACCAUCUAGUCUCAGGCGCAGGACAUCCUGGUAAAGAUCCAGAACCACCUUUGAAUGUGAAUCCUGAAAUAGUAUCAGAUAAUCAUCCCAAGAAUUACUGGACUUUUGGAGCUAAAUAUGGACAGAUGAAAUUGAACAUGAAAAAAUGCAACAUGGAUAACAUCUGA